UGCGUGGCGGCAUCUCUGGUGUUGGAUACACGGAGGAUCCUCUUGCCAUUGGCACAACGCUGCUGGACGAAGAUGUGGGUCGUCACGUGGUGUUUGUCAUUUACAGCAGUGGUGUACUCCGCGGUGGAUGGUUCAGUGAGCCGGAUCUUCUUUGCCGCGAUCUCAUGCGGCGACAGAUGGACUUCAUAAUACACCUCGAUGCCGCAUUUUCGCCCUCUUUAUCGCUGCCGUGUUUUCCAUCCGUAGCGCACUUCGUUGGCGUGCACUCAUGCAAAAAUGCAACUCUUAUCCGCUACAAUGAAAGCGCAUACCUGUGUGUAUGGCCAACGUGGUCGCGCAAGGCUGCAGGUUGGGUGUACCGCGAAGAGGAUCAAGAGGGCUGUUUGCGGGUGCCGGUGGCCAGCCAAAGCGCCGUCAUGCCAGAGCCUGUUGUUCUUCGACUCCCGUAUAAUGUUAACGGGAAAAGCGUCGCAGUUGGUGCCAACGACAUUCUCAUUUUUCCGGAAACCACCGCCGCCGUUCCUUUGGAGGGAAAUGCGUGCCCACGUUUGAAGGCGGUUAUUGCAAAGAUAGCCAACCUACUGCUGGCAGCGAUUUAUGCCAGAAGCGAAAAGUAUAAUUUGACGUUUGACACAGUCACAACUGUGACCAAUGAGAAGAAGAAUAAAAAAAAGCAGAGCCCGGAGCGUGAGUGCUUGGAGAGGCUCUUGGAACUUACUGCGGAAGGUUAUAGGCGCUGGUUGUGUGGCUAUCCACAUGAAGCCAAAGACAGUAUCACUGUUGAAUUGGCCAAAGGAGUGCAAGCCGCCCAUGGUGAUUUCUUGGCCCGCCAGAAUGCGUUAGAGAAACGGGAAGAAGAACUUACCACACGUGUACAGAGGCUAUUGCAGAAACAGAAAGAGUUGUCGAAAGGCAUUGUUCACUCGCAGGGCAUCAUUCGGGAUGCGGUGUUGCAUCGAUGUGGGGUGGACGCCUUUUAUGGAGCCAACGAUGCUCUGGGGAAGAUCCAUAAGCUCUUAAACGAGCUGGAAUCGCUUGCCACCGUUCGAGGCAAAGCGAAACGGAAGGCGGAAGCGUCUUUAUUGGUGUAG